AUGGAUAGUACGGAACCAACUCCAAUCGGUUCUCCUGAUGAAGAGGAGUUGCUCCUGUCAAAAUUGGUUUUUGGCGACAAAUCAGAGUUCUAUGACGGGUUACACGAUGCUAACUUAGAGAAUAGUAGUAGUGGGGAGGAUUUUGUAUUCCAAUCUGAUUCCGAGGAAGAUCAGGGCUCUAGUGAUGCAGCUGGCAUGGAUCUGGUUAAUGAUGAUCAGCUGUAUUUUGUUGAUGAGGGCGGGGAUGCAAGUGGUGAAGUUGAGCGGGAUGCAGAUGAGAUGGCGGUUGAGGAAAAAGUGGGAGAAUCCUGUGGGAACGACAGCGAGAGCGGUGAUGUAUGGAGUGAUUCUGAUGAUGAGAGGCUAGUGAUUGAUAUUAACCAGACUAAAAGGACCAAAAAGCUGAGAAAGACGUACCUAGAUAAGGAGAUUAAUAGUAAACAAUACGUACAGAGGUUGAGGUUGCAGUUUGAAAAGAUUUACCCUCGACCACAGUGGGCUGAAUAUGAGGACGAUCCAAGUGAUGCUAACAGCGAAGAUGAUGACGAUGAAGGGCAGCAGCUGGCUAGCGGCAAUAUUGAUGCAUUAAAUAAUGUUCUGCAGAGCACUUACACCUACAAGGAUACAAGCAACCGCUUGCUUCCUCCAAAGACUUUGGACAUUACGAGGUUGAAGGAUGCAAAUGUCUCUCAUCCUUCCAAAUCGUCGAUUCAGUCUUUAUCUUUCCAUCCUACAAAACCAUUACUCUUGACUGGUGGGUAUGACCGUUCCUUAAGAAUAUAUCAUAUUGAUGGUAAGAGUAAUAACAUUGUAUCAUCUGUUUAUCUAAAGGGUACGCCUGUACAGACAUGCAAAUUUUAUGCCAGCCCUGACCUAAAUCAGCAGAUGAUCCUUACUGCUGGGAGGAGAAGGUACAUGCACUGCUGGGAUCUUUCAAACACACGCAAUCAAACCGUCAGGAUCAACAAGAUAUCAAGAAUGUAUGGUCACGAAGAGACGCAACGUUCGUUCGAAAAGUUUAAGGUAGCUCAUCUGCACACAACGCAGAAUGGUACCCAUGGAAUCAUUUUACUUCAAGGUAACAACGGUUGGAUCAAUGUUUUGCAUGCUACCACUGGUAUAUGGAUGAUGGGUUGUAAAAUCGAAGGUGUACUAGUAGAUUUCUGUAUCGAUUAUCAAACCCAAUCACAAGAUAAAUUCAACACAAUACUGAUCGCUACAAACACAUACGGUGAUAUCUGGGAAUUUGAUCUUACAAAUGGCGGAAAAGUCAUUUGUAAAUGGAAAGAUGAAGGUGCUGUCGGUAUUACAACUAUUCAGGUCGGAGGCGGCACCAAUUCAUCAAACAUUCUACCAUACAAAAAGAUAAGACAAAACAAGUGGCUCGCCAUUGGAAGCGAGUCUGGUUUUGUUAACAUCUACAAUAGGUACUCCACAUCCUACAAACCAAUAGCCACUCUAUCUCACUUAACCACCACUAUCUCUUCUUUGGAAUUCUCUCCAAAUGGUGAAAUGCUAACUAUAGCAUCAAGGGCUACCAAAGAUGCAUUCAGAAUCGUUCAUCUACCAUCUGGAACGGUAUUUUCCAACUGGCCAACUAGUGGUACACCAUUGGGAAGAGUUACUAGUGUAGCUUUUUCUCCCCGCGGAGAAAUGCUGGCAGUAGGUAAUGAACAAGGUAAAGUAAGAUUAUGGAGGUUAAAUCAUUAUUAA